AUGACCAAAUCUUCAAAUAGAGGAGCCAAUGUAGCUGUGCGAAACAAAGCAGUAGAAGCAACUCCUUUACAAUUACCGAGUGACAAAGCAAAGAAUCAAAGGAUGCCUAAGAAUGAAAACAAAUCGGCUCUUGUAUGUCAGCCUACACAAGCUCCAAGCCCUGAAAGUUCUGGAAAACGAGAUGAGCUCAAAAAAGCUGUUCGUUAUGCCGCACUGAACGAAUUGCUCUUGCAGGAUACUGGAGCAGAUCAAACAAAGCCAAGUGGAGAAGGGAAGAGAGUAAGAAAAAGGAUGUCACUGUUGGCUCGAUUGAGACCGUCACGUAUGUUAAUGGGUGGACCAAAAGAGAAAGCUAAAGCAGCUGACACAAGAAAAGAAUCCAAUCAACAAGUCGGUAACGAUAAAGAAGAAGUUAGAAAGCGGUGUUCAAUGGGCGGCAAGAUUUCUGCAGAAGAGGAAUCAGAUACUUUAAAAGGCGUAACAAGUAUAGACAAUGAAGAGGAGAAAUCAAAAAAUGCGAAGUUGGCGGUUAUGCCGCAGGCUGAAGCUCAAGCUUGCCUUGUUAAGUGA